AUUGGGAUAAAAUUACAAAAGUGAUAAUUUACAGGUUAGGAAUGUUUUGAUAUUGAAAAAAUUACGUUAAAAACUAUUACUUUUGAUGUGGUAAUUUAGUGACAAUUAUAAAUAUGUGGAAGUUAAAGAGGAGGGAUGUAGGAAAUGAAUAUGCCAUCAACAAACAAGAAUUUUUAAUUGGAAGGAGGCCUACCGCCGAUAUAUGCAUCACAAAUUUACAUGUUUCAAGAAUUCAUGCAUUGCUAACACUAGACAAUGAAGAUUUGUACAUUGAGGAUCAAAAUACUUUUAAUGGAACAUUUGUUAAUGACAAAAGACUACCAGCCAAAGUGAAGACAAGACUGAAACCUGGAGAUGUGAUUUGCUUAGGGGAAACAGCUCUAAUGAAUGAUCACAAUACUUACUUUGAAGUAUUACAAGAUGGUAUGGAAAACAUAGAGAAUAUAGUAAAAUUUAUUGCUAGUACAAAUACAGAUGCAAAUAAUGAACACAUUGAACAAAAUAAUCACCAACAGAAUAAUAAUAUUUUAAGAAAAAGGGGAGACAACUUGCCAACAAUGGUUGAUGCCAAUUUAGAAAAAAAUAAUAGUACUACUAGUAUUAACAAUGUUCACAAAGAAGUGACUACAUGUACACACGAAUCUAAUGUGGUACAGUGUUCAGAUGACAGUCACUGUAACAAACCAGAAACUGACUCAUUGAAUUCAGAAAUAGGAAAUGAUAAAGAGAGUACAAAUCCCACUGAUUUUAUAGAUUUCUGUCUAAAUUGUGAUUUAGACAAUAAUGUAAUCGCUACACCCUCACCAGUUUCAUCACCAAAGGAGAAUUUUGAUGAAAUCCAACCACAAAAUAGCAUUAAGUUUUUCGAUGAUGAAAUUAUUGUGGUCGACGAUGACGAUGAUGAGAUUAGUUGCUCUCAACUUAUGGUCUUGGAUCAAAAGAAAAAAGAUGUUACUCCAGUUGUUAAUUUUGAUCCAUAUCAUGAAAUCAAAAUGGAACAAGAACAAAUGGAUAUGGAGGAUAGUAUUGUAUUAUCGGACGAUGAAGAAGAAGUAAUCGAUAAAAAAGACAUUAAAACUGAUGAUUAUGUUAAAAUUGAGGAGAAUCUGAGAAUAAUUGAUGAAGGUGGAGACAAUUUAUGGAAUAAGGUACCAAUUGAUUUAGAGCAGGAAGAAAUGGACACGUGUGACCUGAUUGAUUGUUUGGAAUCGAAUACACCACAAGUUAAAGACGAAGACAUGGAAGACCAAAGUAAUAGAUCAGACCCAAAACCAUCAGAUUCAGACAGAGAGUUGGCUUCUGGAACAACUCCAAGCGUUUCUAAAUCGAAAAAUAUUCCAGAAACAUCAAGCAACAAUAAAAUAAUCCUAAUUGAUGCCCUCCAUAAAAAAUCUAAAGCUCAGCCAAGCCAAAAACGGGCAAAGGCCAAAACGGACGAGCCACCACCCAAACGCAAUAGAAAAUCUUCACCAGCCAGACCUAAUAAGGCAACCGACAAGAAAGAAGCGAGGAAAAAGAAACUGCAAGAAAUCGCGUCCCACACUAAGACCACAAAAGUUUUUAAGACGGUAACGCAAAGUGUGAAAGUGAAAGUAUCCAAAAGUCGUGGUGAGUUUUUGCUCGACGUGUCCCUGCCAGGACCUUCCGUAUCGAAAACUGUUGUUGAGAAAAAAGAUCAGUUCAAAAUACCGAAAGUGCCGCCAGCUAAGGUGAAACCUAAAGAACACGUAGAGGAAAUUAGAAUUCCGAAGAUGUCGUUUAAGAACCUGGAUAAUAAUGUUUCUGAACGUCCACGAUUGAUGCACAGUAACAAUCGUACUUUACAUAGAAAUAAUUUUAUUAAUGAGAAUGUCAAUUUGCAAGACGUGUUUGAAAAAAUACUGUACUGGAACAUAAAAUGGCUGAAUGACCAAAAUGAAACGCCACCAAUAAAUGAGGAAGCGGCUACCCAAAUGAAGAAUUCAUUUAUCUCGUUCAAAGAUUAUUGUGACACAUUAACCCCGCUAAUUUAUUUAGAAAUAUGGGGCUAUGUUUGCUUUGAUUUUGUAAAUGAAAAUCACUCAGCAAUGUAUACACUUAAGACUAAUGCUAGAGUAGUGGGGAGGUUACUUUACAUUGAUUGUGAAGCCUAUCUGACCAAGGAGCAAGAGGGAGAUAUUAUUAGGGAAAAUGAUUUUUGUCUAGUAGAAAUAACUUAUAAAGAUGGUGUAAGAACUGUUUAUAAAACUCAGUUUUGUUUAGCACAUAAAGUAAGACACAGGAUGCUUAGGCAGAAUGAUCUAGUCAAACCAGGAGUUUUAGCAUCUAUAUGCCCUGGAAAACCGUAUAUACAAUUAAUAAUGACUCUAGUCACACCGUAUCUAGACAACAACAAAAUAUUGGAGAAACUGGUACUUAAAAAAGUCAGCAACUUAUCAUUACAUUUCAAAUUUCUUCGCACACUAAGACUACUAUCUACCUCAUCAUUAAAACAAUUGAUUCUGAAGCCAGAUAUUCAAGACUAUAAAUCUGAAUCAAUUCCACAUAUUAUUAUGGCGGAUAUGCUCAACACUGAACAACGAUCAAUAGUGAUGGAAGCCACUAAUAUGUGCAUUCGUAACCGUCCAGGCAUAUAUUUAAUCCAGGGCCCACCUGGCACAGGCAAAACGCGACUGAUCACGAACAUCGUCUUCCAAUUAUUAUUAGGUAAACAUGUGAAACGUCCAUGCUUAAUGGUUUUGGCACCUUCAAAUAACGCCGUCGAUAAUGCCUUACAAAAACUCCACCAAGCCACUAAACGAUAUUUAAACGAUGCGACGUCGAAACAGAUAAAAAUGGUGAGGCUUGGCCCCGACGCUAGCAUUGGAAAAAAUGCUCUUGGUUUUAGACUGAGUUAUAUAACUAAGAAGCAUAUGUAUAAGUCAGAACUAAAACAUAUGCCGGAUUUUAAUCCUGCUUUAAGUGAAAAUGAACGAGAAGAAUGUCUUAGGAAACACCUACGUCAUAAUUAUAGUUAUACCUACAAAAAAUAUGAAGAAGAGAUAUUAUUGAAUGCAAAUGUAAUUUUUACAACACUAAAUAGCAGUAACAGUGGUUAUCUGGCUGAAAAAGUAAAAAAGAGACAGUUACAAAUUACAUGUUGCAUUAUAGACGAGGCAACUCAAUGUACUGAGCUUGAAAGUCUUAUGCCCACACAAUUGGGGAUUGAAAAGUUUGUUCUUGUUGGAGACCAUAAACAAUUAAAUGCCACUGUUCAAAAUAAGGAUGCUGUAAAGUUGGGAUAUGCCAAAUCACUCUUUCAAAGAAUUUACGAUAAUUUUAGGGACUGUGCAGAUUCUCCAAUUAAGAUGCUUACACGUCAGUAUCGAAUGCACGGUGAAAUAUGUUACUAUCCGAAUAAGAGAUUUUAUGGGGGCAAAUUAAAAACUUUCACUGAAAUUCGCCAUAAAAUCACCCCCUUGAUUAAACCAUACGUUGUUUUUUCUCUGAAAGAUGAGACAGAUGAAUUGGUAACUAAUAGAGAGGUUUAUUUGAGUGUUAAUGAAGUGGAAUUUGUAAAAGGUUUGGUUGAGGUUUUAUUAAAAUCUGUCAAGUCACCUCUGCCCUUUACCAUUGGUAUUAUUACUUACUACAAUGCCCAGAAACAAAAAAUUGCGGAUGCCAUAUCGAACAUCAGUAAUCCCAACCAAAUACAUAUAAAAGUUGAUACAGUGGAUAGUUUUCAAGGGCAAGAAAAGGAAGUGAUAAUUAUGUCUUGUGUUAGAGAUAUGCCAAAUUCAUUCCUGAAAAAUCCAAAUAGGCUUAAUGUAGCUCUAACUCGUGCCAAACAAGGUCUUUAUAUUGUUGGAAAUUAUAGCCUAUUUAAGCAUUGUCAAAUAUUUUAUGACCUUCGAGAAGAUGCAAAAAGACGAAAACUUAAUGUAGAUUUCAGCAAACUUCCGACAAAUCUUCAGGAACAAUUGCAUAAAGCCGUAUUUAGAAAACCUCUGUGAUUUAGAAGUUAAGACUGUAAAAACGGACGACACACAGAAAGAAUUGCAUAAGUCGUUUAAUUUUAGUGUUUUGCUUAAAAUGGAAAAGGACAUUCCAUAAAAACAUGAGAUUACUUUUUAUUUAUUUGUUUUAGUUAAUAAUUAACUACAGUAAGUUUCUAAAUUAAGAUAAUUAAGUAAGAUUUGUUGAAAAAUAAACCAGUUACCUUUUUAUUAUUUAUUUAA